AUGGAAAAGUACUCGACCUGUAUACCCGAACAAGCAGAACGGGUUGCCGGUCGAGUACAGCAAGAGUACCGAAACACGAUCCAACGUGAGAAUCAAGAAGGCAGAAAAGAAGAUAAUCUCCGCUAUAUAUAUAUUAUUUUGUUGACUCUACUGAGUUUCCGAGCAGCUAAUAAAGAUGGAUCAGAGAUGCAAUGCAGGACUAAAAUAAUUCCGUAUGUAAUGACUGGGGAUGGGAUUGUAACAAACUUCCAUAGACACCACGCGAAGCAGACCAGUGUUGGAUCACGUCGAGGCAUAUAUCCAAUCGAUGAGCACAACAAAUCUGAGCGCGGAUCAAGUACAGCCAGAGUGCCGCAAUACGAUUCAACGCCAGAAUGA